GUCCAGUUAUCAGACCUACAACAUAAUCCGACGCAAGGUGAUCUCCUAACCAUAGUUGACUGGCAGAUCAAGAAUCCACUCUCAAUGGAGGUCUCACAACCCCAACCCGAUUUGCUGUUCAAGAAGGACAAGUCCUACAUGCUGGUCGGUAUGACCGGUGAGAUGGGUCUGUCACUUGCUCGCUGGAUGAUCAAGUAUGGUGCGGGAGGUGUCAUCCUGACCAGUCGAAACCCAAAGAUCAAAGAGGCCUGGAUUAAUGAGAUGGAAGCUACUGGUGCGAAAAUCAAGAUAGGCGCAUUCAACGCCACCAGCCGAGAUGCCUGGGUCCAGUUCCAGUCCGAGGUCAAGAAUGAGAUGCCUCCCCUGGCCGGCAUCAUCAAUGGAGCAGUGAUUUUGCAAGAUCACAUGUUCCUCGACAUGGAUAUCAAUGUUUUCAACGAUACCCUGGCCCCGAAGAUCGACAUCACGAUAAAUCUAGACGAAGUCUUUAAAGACAUACCGUUAGACUUCUUUAUAGUGUUCUCAUCGCUCUCAUUCAUUAUCGGAAAUCGUGGUCAGACGAAUUACAACGCCGGAAACGCCUUCGUCACGUCUUUUGUGAAACAGCGACGCACCCGUGGGCAGGCAGGGAGUGUCCUCCAUCUUGGCAGCGUUGUAGGCGUGGGCUAUCUUACACGUGCCGGAGACGUUAUGGAGCAGAUUUUGCUGAAAUACGGAUACAUGCCAGUCUCUGAGGUCGAUCUCCAGCACCUUGUUGCACAGGCCAUCAUGGUAGGUCUUCCAGACUCAGGAGAGAACCCUGAGAUGAUCACUGGUUUGCGUUACGCUCGGGAAGACGAAGAGACUGGCGUUCAUUGGUCUACCAACCCGCGGUUUUCUCACAUGAUUCUCCCACCGAUCGAGUCGAACGAGACAAAAGCUAGCCUGUCCACUCGCGCUCAACUGGCAGCUGCAAGAACCAUACCAGAAGCAGAACAGGCUUUCGAGACGAGCUUCAGUGCCAAGCUUAUGGCCAUUCUUCAAAUGGAAUCUAGCGCAUUCCGUCAAGACGCAGCCCUAAUUGAGCUUGGUGUCGACUCACUCGUUGCUGUUGAGAUUCGAUCUUGGGUACUCAAGGAGGUGAAUGUCGACAUGGCUGUUCUGAAGAUUCUAGGCGGUGCUUCUACGACCGACCUCAGUCAGUUUGCAAUCGAACAGAUGGCAAAGGAAUUGCUUCCGAGUAUUGGUAACACAGCACAAGACACUCCCGCUAAAGCAAAGGAUGCCGACAAACCUACUUCCGCGAAGGCCCAAAGGAAAAGCUUUAACGACCGCAUUGAACCUGUAAUUUCAUCAGCACAGUCAAGGUUCUGGUUCCUCAACAUGUUCCUCGCCGAUCAGACAGGAUCAAACGUCACUCUCUCUUACAACAUACGUGGUCGUAUCCGUGUCUCGGAUUUUGCGAGAGCUGUGAAAGCUACAACACGAGCUCACGAGGCCCUGCGUACGUGUUUCGUGGCCGACGAAGAGUCCAAAGAGAGAGCUUGGCAAGGCGUGAUGGAAGAAUCCAAGUUGGAGCUGGAGUACAAGACUAUAUCAUCUGCGGACCAAGUCAUCGACCUGGGGAACCUCAAGAAGAAUCUGGCCUACUGGCAACGCGAAUUUGAACAAAUCUCCCCAGUUCUCCCUCUUCUUCCAGUUUCCAAGGUCACCUCUCGGCAAGCGAUCAGUAGCUAUGGAUCUACUUAUGUCGAGCGCCGCCUUGAUCCAAAGUUGUCCGCUAAAAUGAAGGCAACAUGUCAGAAGUUUCACGUGACAAUGUCUCACUUUUAUCUUGCCACUUACCGCAUUCUACUGGCACGACUUACAGGUGUCGACGAUAUUUGCAUUGGAUUGGCGGAUGCAAACCGACACGACAGCAAAGUCAUAUCGACAGUCGGUCUGUUCUUGAACAGUCUGCCUCUUCAUUUCACGCAGCAGAAAGAUAGAUCCUUCGGUGACGUACUGCGCGAAACGCGAGCAAAAGUAUAUGAAGGUCUUAGCCACGCUGGAGUUCCCUUCGAUGAACUACUACAAGCUCUACGUUUGUCGCGCUCGUCUAGCCACAGCCCUUUAUUCCAAGCCUUCUUCGACUAUCACCAGGGAGCAAUGGAAAAGUUCAAGUUCAGCAACACCAGUUGGGAAAAUGUAGACAGAAACCCUGGUGAAACCGCAUACGAUAUCACCCUAGAUGUCGUCGAAGGCAGUGCAGGCUCACUCGUUGCAUUCAUGGGCCAAGACUACUUGUACGGGCCAGCCGAGAUGCAGAAAGUGCUCGACUGUUAUGUCACUUUGCUAGAGCAGUUUGUGGAGGAUCCAGCCAUCUCAUCAGAGGAGGCGAGGAUCUUUUCACAGCCACAAAUCGCUGCCACUCUGGAGCUAGGCCAAGAUGCGGCUGUCAUUCUCUUCACCAGUGGAAGUACCGGGACACCCAAGGGAAUCAAUCUCCGCCACAGAAACAUCAUCAAUCACAUUGAGGGUUAUGUCAAGGAAUGGCAGAUAGGUCGCGAGAAGGUUCUACAGCAAAGCGCGUUCUCAUUCGAUUUAUCAAUGGGCCAAAUCUUCACAGCGCUGUCUAUGGGUGGCACUUUAGUAGUCGCUCCCACUGCGACACGAGCUGAUCCUACCGCACUUGCUGGACUCAUCCGGCGAGAAAACAUCACCUGGACCCUUCUCACGCCCUCUGAGUACGCCAGCAUAUUGCAAGCUAGCCCGAAGGAAUUGACGUUGGCUACGUCCUGGAAGCAUGCGCUGGCAUGUGGAGAAGUUCUACCAAGAGCGACUGUGCGGGCAUUUGCCACGUUGGAUCAUCCAACACUCCAGUUAUACAAUGCAUAUGGGCCUGCUGAAGCUGUCAUCUCCGCUACGAUGGCGGAGAUACCCCUGCAUAACAACAAUGAUAACAGGCCGGUUACGAUCGGACGUCCCAAUCCGAAUUACUCGAUCUACAUUGUCGACGACAAUUGCAAUUUAGUACCUCAGGGUUUCCCGGGUGAGAUCUUGAUAGGUGGAUGCGCUAUAGGUAUUGGGUACUUGAACAAGCAAGAAUUGACGAAAGAAAAGUUCAUAACCAACCCUUUCACAUCGCAAAUUUACAAACAGAACCUUUGGAACUCGGCCUACCGCACAGGCGAUAAGGGACGAUUUGAAUCUGAUGGAUCGAUCAGGUACGAAGGUCGUCGUGAUGGAGAUUCUCAGGUCAAAAUCCGUGGGUACCGUGUCGAACUGCAAGAUAUCGAGUCAUCACUUCUUACGACCGCGAACGGUACUUUGGUUGACGCAGUUGUGACGCUAAGGGCCGACUCACAGACUCUUGUUGCUCACGUUAUAUUUUCACUGGAUAGAGAGCCAGCUGACCCAACCACCUACCUCGCGGAACUCAACUCUUCUUUGCCUCUACCGGUUUAUAUGAAGCCAGCCAUGGUUUUUCCCAUCGACAAGUACCCCAAAAACCUACACGGCAAGACAGAUCGCAAAGCCAUCGCUCACCUCCCUCUGCCUCUAAACGCCGCCCAUAUGUCCGAUGAUACUGCGGAGCUGAGCCCCCUCGAAGAGCGUCUAGUACAGACCUGGCGAGAAGUCUUACCUUCUGAGUUUGCUAAGCAUCUCAGUAUCGGCGCUGAAACCGAGUUCUUCGCGGUUGGUGGCAAUUCGUUGCUCCUCGUCAAGCUACAGUCCCGCAUUCGCGUCGAUUUCAAUGUGUCAUUAGGUCUGCUUCAGCUUUUCGAAGCUAGCAAGCUAGCGGCAAUGGCUACACGCAUUCAGGUUUCGAAUGUCAUUAAGGAGAUCGAUUGGGACGAAGAAACGGCGCUGAGAUCUGAAAACCUCGGCCAAGUUAAGGAGGCUGUCGCACUAACGAACGGAUGUGGCGAGAAAAAGUUGAAGGAUGGAAAGGUAGUCCUUUUAACCGGUGCUACGGGUUAUUUCGGAUCUUACAUCUUGUGGCACUUAAUUCAGAGCCCUGACGUGCAGAGCAUCCACUGCGUCGCUGUUCGUGGACAUGACCAAAUCAGUGCCGAAGACCGUGUACCCUUAUCAUCCAAUUCUAAGGUUACGGUCUACGACGGUGAUCUCACAUCAUCGCGUUUUGGUCUAGCCGAAGAAACAUGGAACACGCUUGGUGCCUUCGCCGACCUCAUUAUCCACUCCGGCAGCAGGCGUUCCUUCUGGGACAAUUACUGGGCGCUCCGUAGCGCCAAUGUCUUGUCCACAAAGGAGCUUCUCCGACUUGCCAUCCCACGGAAGGUACCCAUCCACUUCCUCUCCUCGAGUGGCGUGCUCAAGCUUAACGACACCAUCGAUGGCUCAGCCGAGGCAUCAGUGGCCACCUUUGAGCCCCCUAUAGAUGGCUCUGAUGGCUACGUUGCGUCCAAAUGGGCCAGCGAAGUCAUCCUUGAAAACGCUAGUCAAGAAACCGGCGUCCCCGUCGUGGUCCAUCGAUUUACUCCCCGCGCAGAUACGAGCCCGACUGAAGUCGGCGAUCUUGCAAUGGAGGACCUCCUCACAUCCACCGAGCGUCUGGGUAUACUCCCGGAUCGAAGUACAUGGGAAGGCCGUUUUGAUUUGGUUCACUCACCGCGAACGGCUGCUCAGAUCUGUGAGUCGAGCGUUGAUGGAGCACUAAGAUUUGUGCAUCAUCAGGGCGAAGCAAGCUAUUCGCCCAAGCAACUGUUUGAUUUGUUGGAAGGGAAGCUGGGUAAGAAAGUUGAGAAGAAGAUGGAUAUGUUAGAGUGGGUUGGCGCCAUCAAGAGGACGGGAUAUGAUUGGUUGUUUUCUACUCAUGAGCUAGUACUAACGACUACGAAGCAUGGGGUCACCACGAAGUUGGUGAAUGUUAGAUAA